AUGAACAAGUCUGUGCCUUCCGGUGACUUGGCAAAAUUUGCUGAUUUACGGAAAAUCGGUGAGGGAACCUAUGGCAUUGUGUUCAAAGGAGUGCACAAGAGAUCAGGGAAACUCGUCGCAUUAAAGAAAAUCAGCCUUGAGAGAGACAAUGAAGGGGUCCCUAGUACAUGCAUUCGUGAGAUCUGCCUUCUGAAAGAUUUAAAUCACAGGAAUAUUGUUCGACUUUACGAUGUUAUUCACUCAGGAAUGCAGUUGUACUUAGUGUUCGAGUUUAUUGACCGGGACUUGAAAACCCUUCUGGAUAAACUACCUGGAAAGCGGCUACCUGUCAGACACGCGAAAAGCUUUCUUUGGCAACUUCUACAAGCUCUUGCAUACUGCCAUACUCGAAGAGUCCUGCACCGAGACUUGAAACCUCAGAAUCUUCUCGUGGAUAACAGCGGAGUUAUUAAACUGGCUGACUUCGGACUUGCAAGAAACUUCUCUAUUCCUAGUCGCGUUUAUACUCAUGAAGUCGUGACUCUCUGGUACCGAGCACCUGAAAUUCUUCUGGGUGGGCGUUAUUAUUCAACAGCUAUUGAUAUUUGGAGCUUAGGAUGCAUAUUUUCUGAAAUGGUAGCUGGGACACCUUUAUUUGCUGGCGACUCUGAAAUCGACCAACUUUUUCGGAUAUUUAAAAUUCUCGGUACACCUACGCCCGAGAUGUGGCCGGGUGUUGAGAAGCUGCAGGAUUACAAGAGAUCAUUUCCAAAAUGGUCAUUCAAUGAAAAAGCGCUUGCUGCAGCGACUUCUCCUAUGAGCGAAGAUGGUGUUGAUCUUCUUAGGGAAAUGCUACGAUAUCAGCCUGAGACUCGCAUAACAGCAAAGACAGCACUUGGCCACCGAUACCUGCGAGACGUAGUCUUACAGCCACCUGAAGUAACUCCGUUGCUUAAUACGGAGUCCGAUUUAGCCGCUGCGAGAAACGACGUCAAAGAGCAGGAUGAUACAGAUCUAUGA